CCACCUGGCCGUUCCACCCUUCCUCCCUCUUUCGUCUUUGUGUUAUACUUUCGAUCCCUCCGGUUUGGAAUUAUAUCCUUUCCUAAAUCCAGACACAGGAUAGUGUUGCUAUCUUGAAGGAUUUUUUCCCACUCAAAGGCGAAUCAGCGAACUGCGCAGCCGAUGGAGAGAGCAGCGGCCGAUUCCCGCAGCAGCGGCAGCACCGCCGCCGUUCAAGCGACCAACGACGAUGCUGCCGCCAGCAAGCUGUCCUGUGUGAAUAAAGGAUACAUGAAGGAUGAAUAUGUUCACUUGUUUGUUAGAAGACCUGUAAAGAGAGCGCCCAUAAUCAACCGUGGGUACUAUGCUCGUUGGGUUGCUCUCCGGAAGCUCCUUCUUCAGUUUCUCAAGUCCGAGAGACACAACAAUGACAACAUUCAGACAAAGAAACAGAUUUUGUCUCUUGGAGCUGGCUUUGAUACAACCUACUUUCAGUUGGUGAAUGAAGGGAUUGCACCACAUCUUUAUGUAGAAGUGGAUUUUAAGGAGGUAACCAGUAAAAAGGCAGCUCUCGUAGAACGCUAUAGCCUAUUAAGAGACAAAGUUGGACCAGAAGCAUCCAUUUCAAUAGAAAGAGGUGAAGUGUUAAGUGAUCAUUACAAGCUACUCUCUGCUGAUAUACGCGAUAUCCAAAAACUAGAUAGCAUCAUAGGUCUGGCUCACUUGGAUCCCAGCCUGCCAACAUUUAUAAUUGCAGAGUGCGUUUUAAUAUACUUGGAUCCAGAUUCGACCCAUGCUAUUGUUGGAUGGGCUGCCAAAAAAUUCUCGACUGCAGUAUUUUUCUUAUAUGAACAGAUCCAUCCUGAUGAUGCUUUUGGAGAGCAAAUGAUAAAAAAUCUUGAGAGUCGAGGAUGCCCUCUCCUUGGUAUACAUGCUACACCGAGCUUACAAUCUAAGCAGAAACUCUUCGUUGAUCAUGGAUGGCAGAGAGCUGUUGCAUGGGAUAUGCUGCAGAUAUAUAAUGAAUUUAUCGAAAUUCAAGAAAAACACAGGAUCGAACGGCUAGAGUUGUUUGAUGAGUUUGAAGAGUGGUACAUGAUGCAGGAACAUUACUGUGUGGCUUGCGCAAUUAAUGAUGCUGAGGGCCUGUUUAGGGAUUUUGGAUUCUCCAAGGACCCGCAUAUUAGCAGCCAAUCUCAGAAGCUUCAUCCUCUGCAGAUCAAGGAAUAACCAUUAUUAGUUGGACCGAACCUCCCACAACUGCCGCAAAAAAAAAAAAAAAAAAAAAAAAACAAAGAAAAGAUAAUUCAUCUAGGGAUGUAUUAUAUGAAGUCCCAUGCAUGUGCUGGUGGCAUGAUAGUAUUCUGCAGCGCAGGGUUGUCUAGAUUGAAGAAACAUGUCUUUUAGCCACCAUUCAAGACUAUGUUUUGGAAAAUUGAAUUUUUAUUAUGCUUUUAUGAAAUCUCCUUUUUGGGGGGAUUGGUUGGCAAUUUAAAGAUGAUCACUCCUUUUCUUCUUCCUC